AUGAGUUCAAAGGAAAUGAAGAUUGUCGUCGUUGGUGACGGUGCUGUUGGCAAGACAUGUUUACUAUGGGUUUAUGCUAAUAACUCAUUCCCAGAGACUUAUGUUCCAACUGUAUUUGACAAUUAUAAAACAACAGUUUCGCUGGAUGGUAGAACUGUAAAAUUGGAAUUAUGGGAUACUGGUAUAUAUGACCGUUUGCGUCCACUCUCAUAUCCUGGUACACAAGUUUUCUUGAUUUGCUUUUCAACAGUUGAUGAAACUAGUUAUGCUAACAUUAGAACUAAAUGGUAUCCAGAAGUUAAUCAUCACUCUGAUGGUGUUCCAAUUGUUCUUGUUGGUACAAAAGUUGAUUUACGUGAGAUGGGUGACAAAUCACAAGGAGGUGACAAUAUUUCACCACAAUUGGGUGAAAAACUAAAGGCAGAAAUUAAAGCUAUCAAAUAUGUUGAAUGUUCUGCCAAGACACAACAAGGUGUUAAAAUGGUCUUUGAUGAAGCCAUUAGAGCUGUUCUUUUCCCAAGAAGUGGAUCUGGAAAGAAAUCAGGAUGUGAAUUAUUGUAA